AUGCAGGAUCGCGUGCAGCAGCACCAGCAAACGGCGUCGCCGCCGCCGCCGCGAGACGGGAUAUCGGUGACCCAAAGCAACAUCCUCUGCUCGCUCCUGGCGUCGACCGGGGUCCAGGACUUCCCGGGGAGCAGCGUCGCCGAGGCGACCUCCCCCGACUCGCUGCACGGUAUCCUGUCCUCCCUCAACGUCAGGAUAAAGUCCGAGGAGGCCCCAGACUCAGCGCCAGGCCCCCGCGGCUCCGCCGACGGGCCCUGCAGCUCGGUCCGCGACUUCAACACCUCGCUCUUGAGCACGCUGCUCUCGACCUCCCGCGUCUCGACCUCCUCGACGAACGCCGAAGCCGUCGCCACCCCGAACUCCGUAAAGUCCGAGUACAAUCAGGGCCUCUCGAACGAGCGGACCAACUGCUCGUCCGGGGUCAAGGUCGAGUAUUGCUGCGACGUCUUGGACGACCCCGACGAAAACCUCGCCGCCACCUCGCCCUACAACGUCAUAUCGACCUCCCAGAACCGCCACUCGAACAGACCGAGGUCCGGACUGCAGCCGGGCGCUCUGUCCAAGGAAGACCUGCGCCGGAUACUCCAGUCCACGACGACGCGCUGCGACGAUUCGCCGCCGUCGGCUUCCGAUCUCAUCGUCGGCAUGAAGUACGAGACCCAGCAGGGCGGGCCUCAGGGGGCCCCGCCGCACCUUAUGGGCCCGAACUCGGGAGUCGAGCAGUCGCACCACGCGGUACAGGGGAACAACAUAGUGGUGGGUGGCUCGCCGGCGGAGGUCGUCGGCGUCGACAGCAUCCUCCUUUCGCCGUGGGGCGAGACGGGCACGGACUUCCUCGACUCGGCGGACGUGAAGCAAACGGCGGCCGGUUUCCAGGAUGCUCUGGACAGCUACUUCCUCGGCAACUCGGUCGGAGUCCCUUCCCAGUCACUGGCCGAGCUGAGGCCGCUACCGCCGUUCACCGGGUACACCGGGCACCUCAGCAUAAACGGCAUCCCGGGUCGGCACUUUCACGCGAUAGCGAGUCAGCGGCCCGAGGGGAUCCCGUCCUCGUCGCCGACCCCCUCGUCGAAUCAGGAGUUCUACGACACGCAGGUCGUCUCCUCGAGCACUCCGUGUCCCCAGGGCAGCCAGAAGCAGGUGCCGCAGUCGACGCAACAAGAGGACUACGACAUCGAGGACAUCGCGGCCAUCAUCAGCUCGGCGAUAGCCGAUACCACCGUACCUGGGGGCGGAAACGGACCCGGAUCCGAGAACGAUCCGAACGCCUCGCGGGACGAACAGUGGUUCGAACUGCAGGACUGGAUGUCCGUCGAGUGCUCGCCGAAGACCCAACAGCAGCAACAGCAACAGCAGCAGCAGCAGCAGCAGCAGCAGCAGCAACAGCAGCAGCAGCAACAACAGCAACAGCAGCAGCAACAUCAGCAACAGCAACAGCAGAACAACAAUUCGUCGCCGAGUCCCUUCUCUCAGAUGUACGGUAACGCGAACGCGGGAAACGCCAACGCCAACUCGAGUCAGGGUCAGCAACACGCGGCGUCGACCAUGAACAACCUGCUCCAGAACGGCACGCCGCUUCUUUACGCCCGACUGCAGGCGCCCAACAACAGCAUCCAGAACGCCUCCUGCGGGGAGACACCCUCCUCGACGAGUCCCUAUCCUCCGGUCAGUCCGCCGGGACGCGUUUCGACCUCCUGCAGUCCCGACCAUCCCCUUCAUCCGUCCUUCACCACCCCGGCGAUGUCCAGAAAGCGGAGUAGACAACCAACGGGGGGACAGAACGCUUCGAAAAAGAACCCCUCGACCACCACGGGACUGCCUUACGGUACCGAGUCGGGACUGAUAGGCGGCAAGGAGAAGCCCGUUCACAGGUGCUCGAUAUGCAACAGGGGAUUCCUCAACAAGAGCAACAUAAAGGUGCACCUGAGAACGCAUACCGGGGAGAAACCGUUCAGGUGCGAAGUAUGCGGCAAGGCGUUCAGGCAGAAGGCACACCUGAUAAAGCACCAGCAGAUACACAAGAGGAUCGGACGGGAUUAGGAAAAUGGAAAGCGAUGGCGAUAGUGGAUCACACAGUGGAAUGACAGAGAUACGACUGACUGACUGACUGGCUGGCUGUCUGGCUGGCAUUAAAAGCUCGAGCGGUGUUCGACCAAGGCGGAAGGACGCUUCGUGCCUCGACGAAGACGUCGCCUCGUUUCUUACAGCGUUGAUCAGCGUCAGUGGCGGCAUGCGUCGACGUUUGCUUACAUCUGAGGGAACAUUUACCAGUAGAAAUUGCGACGCAACGGUAACAACGAGUGCGGUACGAAGUCGGUCGCGAACGAUCCGUCGACGCGUGAUACGCUAUCUGCGAUCCCUCGAGUAAUGGAGUCCCGAAGGAGAAGGGUCGAGAAAGAAUCGGCGCGUUUGCCGUUUUGUCUCAUCGUGUACCUACGACUAGCCCGAGAUGUGUGGGGAGGGGGGGGGGGGGGGGGGGGGUGAGGGGGGGAAUACGAGAAAUAUAUUUGAGAUCUGUAUGAUCGUGCGGACGACGUGAAAGUCAAUUAUCGUAUGUGUAGCAAAAAUUUAUGAUCGCUGAUCCGACGGAUCGCCGGUGGGUAAGUGAGAUCUAUGAACACAGAGCUGAGCAUAUCGCACCGUUAUCUCUUAUAAAUCUACACACACACACGCGCACACAGCCUCUUGACAAGGUAUGAAGCCUUGUGGCUAGAUUUCCGGUCGGCAUAAGCAGUGAACGAUGAUAAAAAAGGGGCGGGGGGGGGGGGG